UUGAGAAAGGAUGUCACUUACCCAUCAUACAAAGAUUAGAUAGGUUUUUUAGCUUUCAGUUAUUUUAGCUAGUUGAUCUAAGGAACAUGUAAUCAUCACAAUGAUGAUAUGCGUGUCUUGAGAAAAAAAGCAACGGUUUCAUGUGACCAUGGAUGUACAAAGUUCAUGAAAUUCCAGUUAAUUUUAUACUAGAGAUUGUGGUCAUCUACAGCGGUUGGUAAUGUGCUGUUCUGAUCAUCAUUGUGCUCUACAAGGUCCAAGUAUUUAGCAUACAAAGAGGAAAGAAUUGAACGUGGACAAAUCGGAUGUGGUCAGUUCGUGAUUGCAGAACGAACAUGAGUGAUGAGAAUACAACAGACACUGACUACUACGACUUACACUACGAGGACCAGAUGUGUAAGAAAGAUGAAGUGGUGAAAUUUGGAUCCAUUCUCAUUCCAUUCUUCUUCUCAUUAGUUGUUCUGUUAAGCUGCAUCAGUAACGGCCUUGUUCUGGUCAUCCUGGCACUUUAUGAGAACCUCAAAUCCCUGACCAACGUCUUCAUCCUCAAUUUAGCGCUAUCAAAUCUGCUGUUCACGUUUGGACUUCCAUUCUGGGCCUCGUACUACAUCUGGGGUUGGACGUUUGGAGAAAGUGGCUGUAAAGCAGUGAAGUUUCUGUUCUAUGUUGGCUUUUACAGCAGUGUGUUGUUCUUAACUCUCAUGACCAUUCAGCGUUACAUGGCAGUGGUUCAUCCUCUGUCUGACUGGGAGAAAUGCAGAGGAUUUUCUGUCGCUCCCUCUAUCGUUUGGAUCCUGAGCGGAGCGGUUUCACUGCUUGGUUCACUUCAUAGCAAAGUUAUACAACAUUUUAAUAGUACAUACUGUGAGUAUGGCAGUGUUCAAGUGAAAUCUGGCAUUGCUUAUUUUCAAAAUGUUUUCUUCUUCAUUGCAUUUAUAAUCAUGGGUUAUUGCUAUGGCAGAAUGCUUCGGACGAUAACAAAAUCACGGACCAAUAAGAGACACAAGACUGUAAGUCUAACAUUUGUUAUUGUGCUGGUGUUUUUUAUUGGUUGGGCUCCAUAUAACAUUGUUAUGUUCCUGAAAUCAUUGACUGAUCAGCAUAUCCACCCAUUCACAGACUGUACAGUAAGCAUUAGACUCGACUAUGCAUAUUAUGCUUGCCGAAUGUUAGCUUUCUCGCACUGUUGCUUAAACCCUCUGUUUUUAGUUUUUGUAGAUGCAAGGUUCCGUAAUAAUGUACGAGCAAUUCCAAAGAGGGUCUUAUGUAAAGACUUAAGUCUAUGAAUAAUCUGCUUUGGAAAGAUAAAUACUUGAGACAGAAAACAAUAGCAUUGAAAGAGAUUGAUGAAUCUGGCAGCAGAAUUGAUCAAAUCAUUACUGGUUACAAUUAACAUAUAAUAUUGGAAUGCUAUCUUUGUGUAAAAGCAUGUGUUGAGCAUUGUUGGGAAAAGUUACUUUAAAAAGUAAUGCAUUACAAUAUUGCACUACUUUACGAAAAGUAAACCUGGGCUGGGGUUGCUUGUUUGUUUUUUAAUAACAACAACAACAAAAAAAAGUUCAAUUUUUGGCAAAUGUCAAGGCCCUUUCACACCAAAAGCCUCAGGCUGAUGGAAAUGCAUAUUUACUCAAACUAACCUUUCAGCUGUGCUGCCUUUCUGAAUUGAAGAAGAAUAGGAUACAGGAGGAGGAAGUUCAACGGUCUUUCUCGGUUUCUAAACCUAAUCUAAAGUAAUUUUUGCUUAUUAGUAUGGUUGAAUUUGAUCAUUGAAGGUCAGCAGCAAAGACAUUGGUUUAUAAAGUGAGAUUAAAUACAUAAAAUAUAUUUGUGUAAUUUAAUAUAGUUAAUUAUUACAGGUUUGCAUAAAAUUAUGAAAUUGUAUUUCACAGUUUUUAUUCAUUUUGAGAAAUACUGAAUGUUUUCGUGCAAGUGAGAUGAGUAAAUGCAUGUUCACAUUUAGUCUUGAACUAAAAUAACCAUCAUGUUAACAUUUAUUUGAAAAAGUAACUUAGAUAUUUUGUUGUAAAUUGAAAAAGUAAUGUUACAUUAUUAGUUACUUGAAAAAAGUUGUAAUGUGUUGAGUUCAUGCCAGCCCUGAAUACACAAAAGGAAAAUAUGUUGUGACUAAAGUGUUACUGAAUUUCUUAAAUACUGCCACCCUAAAAUUACUGUAAAAGAAAUCACAUGAGAACUGCCUGUGGAAAAAUGCCGAUUAUGUAGUUUUGUUUUGAUGCAAAUGACUAGAAAAAAACGACAUUUUCUUCUUUCACGUGAGAAAGUGUAAAUUGUGGUCUGUGGAAGGAAGCACAGCGUCAUCACUGGCCUACUAAAACAGGAAAACGGAAGAAUACACAA